AUGCUGUCGAAGCCUGAAGCCGAGGGAGGGGUGACCGCCACCGACGAUGAGGUGGACGACGCCCGUUUCGCGGAGGUGUCCCGGAUGGUGGCCCGGCUCGUCGAGGAGGGCCAGUUGGGGAUGCCCGCCGGUCUUGGGUACGGCCGGGCCAAGGUGGUGGAGAUGCCCGCGGGCGAGGACGUCCAGCACGUCACCGAGCAGGGCAAGCCGAGCGGGGACAGCGAGGGAGAGAAAGGCGAA